AGAGCAGGCGAUAACUUGUCCUACAUUGCCACAUCUCUGGCGAUGAAAUCCAUACCGACAGUUGGUUUUAAUUUGUUUUUGUGCGUGGGGAAACUUGGGUCUUUUGCAAUUCGCCCCCCCUGGUAACCUAGCCUCCCCAGCUCUGAUCAUUUUACUUUGCUGAUUGGCUGGGUUUGUAUUUUCAAAUGUAUUUUGCGAGAGCCAGAGAGCUUCCCUUUCCUGCUCCGUGCACAGGAUCAACGCCGGACGACAAGGAUCUAUAGACCCCUUUGCCGCGCAGCAAACGAGAUCUACAGGUGGUAUUUUUCUAACACACAAAUUGCAAGAUGUCAGCCCGAAGUGGAAAAAAGAAAAUGUCCAAGGUGUCACGCUCAUCCAGAGCAGGAAUUAUUUUUCCUGUUGGCAGAAUGAUGCGUUACUUGCGGAAAUCAACAUUCAAAUAUCGUAUUGGAAUGGGAGCACCUGUUUACCUGGCUGCAGUCAUAGAGUACCUGGCAGCUGAAAUUCUGGAACUGGCUGGAAAUGCAGCCAGGGAUAACAAAAAGAGUAGAAUUACUCCAAGGCACAUUCUGCUGGCAGUGGCAAAUGAUGAAGAACUAAACCAGUUAUUAAGGGGAGUAACAAUUGCUAGUGGUGGUGUGCUGCCUCGAAUUCAUCCUGAGCUCCUUGCAAAAAAACGUGGUGCCAGAAGUAAAGUGGAAACCAUUCUUUCUACGCCAUCAGAAAAGAAGGCAAAGAAAGCAAAACAAUCUCCAGUCAAAAAAGCUGCCAAGAAAGCAACUGUCAAAAAGGCUACAAAAUCCAAAUCGCCCAGAAAGGGUAAACGAACAGAAAGCAAGAAGGAAGGAGCAUCUAGUUCCACUUCAGAUGAUGUACCUGGUGAAGGUUUCACGAUUCUUUCAACAAAGAGCCUUUUGCUGGGACAAAAGCUGUCAUUAACACAGACUGAAGUCAGUAACAUUGGUUCAGUUAAGGUUGAGUGCAUCAUUAACCCAACAAAUGCUGAAAUAGACCUUAAAGAGGAUGUUGGCAAUGCAUUGGAAAAAGCAGGUGGAAAGGAGUUUUUAGAUGGUGUGAAAGAGCUCCGGAAAUCCAAUGGACCUUUGGAUGUAGCUGGGGCUGUUUUGGGUCAGGCUCCUGGACUGCCGGCCAAAUUCAUAAUUCACUGUAAUAUCCCACAAUGGGGAGUGGAUAAAUGUGAAGAGCAACUGGAAAAAACUGUGAUGAACUGCUUGACUUUGGCAGAUGAGAAGAAACUAAAAUCGAUUGCUUUCCCAUCCAUUGCCAGCAGCAGGACCAGCUCUCGAGCUUCAGGUCGGUCUCCAAACCAAUCAAGAAACUGUUUCCCAAAGCACAUUGCAGCGCAGCUCAUCCUCAAGGCCAUCUCCAAUUAUUUUGAUAAUGCAACAUCAUCAUCAUUGAAGAACAUCUUUUUUGUCUUAUUCGACAGUGAAAGUAUCGGCAUCUAUGUGCAGGAAAUGGCAAAGCUUGACAUAAAGUAAACUUUUUUUUUAAAUGACAAAUUUUAAACGGCAUUUUGUUCAGCAAUGUAGAAAAGUGUGCGUGUGAA